CGUUUGCCUGCUACUUCAGGGGUUCUAGCGACCUCUUUGCCGUGCGGUUUUCGUUGGUCGAUUCGUUCUCUCUUUCUCUUUCUUUUUCUCUUCAUUUUUUCUUUUUCUCGACGCUCUUUUGUCCUCUUACCUUUAAAUUGAGCCUUGUUUACCUCUCCCCCUCGGCCUCCAUACACUGCCUGGAGACCGGCCCUGCGUCUCCUGCGCUGCCAUGGCACCCCGAUAUAAGGAUGGAGAUGCCGUUGUGGCGGUGAACGGAAAAUGGGUGGCCUGGACGCAUACUGCCGUUGCCUACACGGCCUUCUUCAGCGCUCUCAUCGUUGGAAUGGCCUUGCAUUUCCGGAAGAUUGUGCAGAACGAACACUACGGAUAUCCCGAUGAAUGGUUUCCUUCCGUGUCGGCCACCAUUGGGGAUCGCUACCCUGAACGCUCCUUCUUCCAAGUCUUCAUUGCCAUCACCUCCGGUCCUCGAUUCGCCCUCGUAUUCCUCUGGUACAUCCUGACCGCGCGCCCGAACUCAUCGCUCCCCAAGAUCGUCGCUGGUGUUGGAUUGUUCCGGACAUUUACCUGUGGUGGCUGGACCUACGUCACUUCGACAGACGACCACGACUGGCAUGACAUCUUCAUGAUCUCCUACCUGGUUGCGACGCUGCCGUGGACGCUCGGCUGCCUGGCCCUGAGCCCCAACAAUCGCCGUGCUGUCAAGUACCGAAAGGUCUUGGCGAGCCUCUUCUUUGGUACCCUGGUACCAUUGAUCUAUUUCUUCAUUCAGCACAAAGUGCACAAGGUCGCUGGGGCCUACACGAAGUACGCCUUCUUCGAGUGGUCCCUCAUUCUGUUUGAUGUCGGAUUUGAUGCGGUGACCGCAUUGGAUUUCGAAGCCUUCGAGAUUGUGGUGAGGGAUGUCAAAGGAAUCAGCAGAGGGUAUGUACAGUGGCUUCCGAAAUAAACCAAGACGAGAAGAAAUGCAGUUGAAGACCACGGCGGACUCCGUCCUCGAGAAAGAGAAGGGCAAGCCCGUUGGCAACACCUUUGGCGAAGGUUUCUUCUGGACCGAAAUUAUUGACGCAGCAGCGGAUGUUUAUAACGGGUUCGUCUUCUGGUCUACCUGGACGGCGCUUGGACUCUUGGUCUGGUAUUUCCCUCUGUGGCACAUGGGUAUCUCCGGUUACGAGGCUGCUAUCGUCUGCUUUGCCUCGCCGCUUCUUUUUGUUAUUCCCGGAUUGAAAGCCGCCGUCACGAAAAAUCCUCGUCUUGUUCAUUUCCUAUCGCUUUCCGGUCUGCUGGCCUACCAGGUGCAGACCCCCUCCAACCGGCUCUUUGUGACCGGCUUUGCUGUCUGCUGUGGCAGUAUUUCGUUCACUGGUCAGCUGUAUGCGGACAGGGCGAACAAUGCCAGACUCGAGUCCCGGAUUACCGCAUGGGCAAUGGGUCUGAUCUUGUCGAGCAUUGCCAAAUUUGCUUUCAAGACCAACAACCCCGUCUGGCCAACUAUGCACGCUGGAAACGGAGGUUGGAACAAGCUUGGUUUGUUCCUUGCGGUUCUUGCUGUUCUGAGGGCGCAUCGAAGAGGCCCGACUAGCGGAGGUGACUACCUGCCCCCGAACCCUAAGAAGGGCUCUUCGAUCCUGGCCGGAAUCGGCUUUGGUGGCAUAACCUUUGUCAUGUCCUCUCUUUUGGCCGAUUCCAGCACUAUGAUCUCUUGGGUUUGGGAAGGGUACCCCGUGCGUGGCCCUAUUGCAGUCCCCCAUGGAGCGGUCACGAUCUUCGCAAUGGGCGCAGGGCUUGUGUUUGGCCUCUACUAUCCUGCUCUGACCGGAAGCUGGACGGCGUUUGGCAUUGGUUCUUUGGGCGCCGCUCUGCUUACGUGCUACAGCCACUGGACAGGUUUCUACGGUGGCCUUAUUCUCGCUUUCUACACCUUGGCGGUUACUCCGGUCUUGAUUGCGUCGGCUGUUCGCCACUCGCCCGUUACCACCUUCGGCGUUGGCGGUAUCUUCUUUAUGUUCAUGGUUCUUUUCCACGUCUGGGUUGUGGCAUAUGCCUUCGUCCCUGGUGGACCCCUCGUGCGAGAGCACACUGACUGGGUCAUGAUCACUACCAUGCUCUCCAUCGGUGCCGGUGUCUUUUCGGCUGCCGUUACAAACUCAUCGAACAGGCAGAGCAAGACGAUCAGCCCCAGCGGUCGCCGGCAGCGAUCGUACUACAUCUACGUCCUUGCAGCCCUGCAGCUUCUUUCCGUUGCCAUCGCCUAUCUGCGCUUCCCCACCAAUGAUUACGUUCCUUACCACAAGGAUGACAAGGUUGUCACCGCCGGUAUCUGGACGGUCCAUUUCGGCCUCGACAACGACAUGUGGUCUUCUGAGCAGCGUAUGCGCCAGGUGAUUGAGGAGCUUGAGCUUGAUGUGAUCGGCUUGCUUGAGUCGGAUAACCAGCGCAUUAUCAUGGGCAAUCGCGAUAUCACUCAGGUUUUGGCUGAGGAAAUGGGCAUGUAUGCUGACUUCGGGCCUGGCCCCAACAAGCACACGUGGGGUUCCGCUCUGCUUUCCAAGUUCCCGAUUGUCAACUCUACUCACCACCUCCUCCCCUCGCCUGUCGGUGAACUUGCUCCUGCUAUCCACGCCACUCUGGACAUGUACGGCGAACUGGUGGACGUUGUGGUCUUCCACUCCGGUCAGGAAGAGGAUCCGGAGGACCGUCGUCUCCAGACAGAGUACCUGUCGAAACUGAUGGGCGAGUCCCCGCGCCCCUUGAUCCUGCUCAGUUACCUGGUCACCAAGCCGCUGGAAGGCAACUACAACACCUACGUCAGCGAGCUCAGUGGCAUGAAGGAUAUUGACCCCACUGACUGGGACCGCUGGUGCGAAUACAUCCUUUACAAGAAGCUGAAGAGAACAGGCUAUGCUCGUGUUAGCCGUGACUCUAUUACGGACACUGAGAUUCAGGUCGGAAAGUUUGUGGUGGGAGAGCCCGAGCCCGAGAAUGAGAUGCGCAUUCCGGAGGAAAUGGUACCUCAGGGCCGACAAUUCCCUGGACUUUUCCGCGGCCAAGGCGUCCGUGGCCACCGCUAUCAUGUGUUUGAUGAACCCAGAUACUGGCAAUAAGCUAUCGACCCUGUCCCGUUGAAGAAGCAAGGUGUAUCCUUUCUUCAUGCUCUCGGCAUUUCUAUGUUACCAUUUGACAAACACGUUGAGUACAAGGUUUCAUAGGCUGAGCAUACCAGUACUUUCAUAGCUAAUCGCUAGCUUUAGUUGUUAUGACUCUGUAAAAGGACUUAUAGUCGAAUAUAUCUGUAUUUAAUUUUUGGAACUAUUGUCGAUCACAAAACCAGCCCUUCCAACCAGACCAUAUGUAUGCAGUAAGAGUCGGCUACGGUACAUAAUUCGUCACCCUGCUGGAGGACCCUGAAAACCUUAUCGUGUUCACCGGCAGGGCUGCGGAAUGUUACGCUCAACUCUCCCCACGCGUUGGUCUAGGAUAGUGACACCAUAAUGUCUCACUCUGUCCAGGUCACUGCAUGAUCGGCAAAAUCAGGUUUCAUGAGACACUC